AUGUCUACUAAACGACAAGCUAUUACUAAUAUACAAAGAAUCGAUCAAUUAACUAUUUCUAAAACACUUAAACGAUCAAUUGAGAUUUUGGAGAAUAGAACAAAAAAUCCUACACAAAAAAAAAUAAAGUCUGUUAGGUUUCCUAUACUCGAUACAGCAUUAUAUGAAUGGUUUUUAAACUAUCAAGAUAAAGUUUCAAUUAGUGGAGAAAUAAUUAAAGAAAAAGCAAAUGAGUUUUUAAUCAAAUUAUAUCCUGGAGAAACGAUGUCAUUUACAAAUGGAUGGCUUGAAAGUUUUAAAAAUCGAUAUAAUAUUAAAGCUUAUACUAAACAUGGAGAAA